AUGCGUCCGUGUGGUCUGUAUGGGUUCUGCUUUACUGGUAAUGAAUUGAACGGACUCCCAGUCAUCAUUUCGGAUUGUGGUAAUCAAGCAAAUGAGUGGAAACCGUGCAUUGAAAGAAAAAUAGCUGAUCAAGUUUUUGGAGCAUGUUGUGAUCGUUUUGCGCCACCAGAAUGCCGAGGCUUAUGUAUCUACGAAAGUAAUCCUAUCGAAGCACGAGUUGUUUUAAUGCAUGCAAUUCAACCAUCUCGAUGUCGUUUAUAUAAAUAUCUGAGUUCGAUAAUACAUUGUGCCGCUCAAACGCACGACAAUACGGCUUGCUGUAGAGACAUGGGUGUUCAUGAAAUCGGUUUGCAGUGCUUGCAGUUGUGUAAACCACAAGCAGUACCUCUUCAGUUGUGGGGUACUAGAUCACUACGCAAAGAUCUCGUCGUAUGUUUGGCAAAGUGGGACCAAAUAAUGUUCUGUCAUCAAGCUGGUCUACGUGCUCGGAAAAUCAUGAAAACACCAACGGUAGUUACGUCACAGUAA